AUAUAUAGAUAUAGUAUAGAUAUAUAUGUAUCAUGUGUAUCAUGUGCAGGUCUGAUUAUGUCGAAAUGGCUGACCACCUCCACAGUACAUAUAAUAAAAGCAAAUGUAAUAGAUGUACCAAGUAGUUGAAGUAAUACCUACCUAGCUAUCUACCGUGGGAGAUAGCAUUGAAAUAAUUGAGAAAUUAAAGAAUAUAAAUUCACCUUCUUAUUUUUCAGAGUCUUAUGGAAAAUUACAAUUCCGGAUCCUAACGCGCGGAGUGUCAUGAUAAUGAAUUUACAACGUGAACCGUUCAAGAAAUGUUCAAACUAAUCGUGCGGUACCUACCUACCUGCCAACUUUGUUUUAUUCGAACCAGUGUAAAAGAUGAAACGCGGAGUGUAACGUAAGCGGACACGAUCCAGAAUGUUACAAUAUGCCCAAUAAUGCAGCGGUACCAUUCGACUAUUUCGAUAACGUUAAUAUAGAUCGAUCGUUUGUCAGCGGUGCAUCGGCACUUUCAACAAUGACUUCUAUCGUUGUGAACGUCACUUCACCUACUCUCGCGAAGCCUGGUCAAGACAAUCUUCUUGAAAAUUUAAUCAUACCUUUAUACGGGACGAUAUUUUUACUUUCCGUGAUUGGCAAUUCCUUGGUGCUGAUUACGUUGGCACGUAACAAGAGGAUGCGGACUGUCACCAACGUUUACCUGUUGAAUCUGGCAGUUUCGGAUUUGCUGCUCGGUGUCUUUUGUAUACCUUUCACACUUCUCGGCCAGAUACUGAAGAACUUUGUCUUUGGUAUUACGUUGUGCAAACUUAUACCGUACUUUCAAGCUGUGUCCGUUUCCGUGGCCGUUUGGACUCUUGUCGCUAUUUCUCUGGAACGUUACUUUGCCAUCUGCAGACCGCUAAAGUCCAGACGAUGGCAAACUCAAUUUCAUGCUUACAAAAUGAUCGCCGUGGUCUGGAGUGCGAGUUUAACAUGGAACGCGCCAAUUCUCGUGGUUUCACGACUUCAAAGUAUACGCGGCGGACGGCACAAAUGUCGAGAAGGGUGGCCGAGCGUCGGUACCGAAAGAGCUUACAAUCUCUUCUUGGACGUAACGUUGCUUCUGGUUCCGCUAAUAGUAAUGAGCCUGGCUUAUUCGCUAAUUGCUGCGGAACUUUGGCGUGGAUUACGACAGGAAAUGCGACAGACAUCGAGCUGUCCACGACGUCUCGAGAGGACAGAAUCCAGUGGAAUGGUGCGUAAUUUGUCGUACGACAAGAGUGACGGAGGAUCAGGUGCAACGGUGGUUCUCAACGCUUGCGAUACAUCCUCGAGAUUAAAACAAGGAUUUUCCAGUUCGCGCGGAUACUUGCAAGGCGAUCCUCGGGAAAUAGCAUCUACGGUGCGCAUCCCGCGAACGAGGUUCUCGAGGGUUCUUAGUGGUAAAUUUCAAGCAGCAGACUUUUCGCACGAAUCGAGAAUACAGAUCCGGACAAACGGUAGUAAUUGCUCGGCCAGUGAUACCAAGGAGACGAUCAACGAAUCACAGCAGGAUUCCGGUUGUCCGUUUAGCAGACAACACGCGAUACGUAGCAAUUACGUGGGCAAAAGUAUCGAAGCUAAAAAGAAGGUGAUCAGAAUGCUGUUUGUCAUUGUGCUAGAGUUUUUCAUCUGCUGGGCGCCACUGCAUCUGAUCAAUACGUGGUACCUUUUCGCUCCGGAAUGGGUUUAUUCCGUGGUCGGGAGUACUGGCAUUAGCUUUGUGCAUCUACUCGCCUACGUUUCCAGUUGUUGCAAUCCCAUCACGUAUUGUUUCAUGAACAGAAAGUUUCGCCAGGCGUUUCUUAACCUAUUCGACUGUCAUCAGUGUUGGAGAGUAGGAUUUAGGAACAGCGAUAUCGCUAUGACAUCUGCAAGGAAUGCGAUACAAGUUGGAAACAAUAGCGAACUGAGCGGAAACGAGUCGACGAUCGAUCUUGGAAAAGCUUCGCUCGUCGCCAGAUCCGAGGUAGUGAGACUCCUGGAGGAGGAGGAUCGCGUCUAGUAUCAUAUAAGCAGAACACGUGCUGCAGCGAGAAUCAAAGAUGAAACGUAAUGUUGCUGCAAACUGGUAACAAACAAAAUCACUUUGUUUUAAAGAUACCUUGGCGUUUGUCCAUUUUGGCUACAAACGAGAAACGUCAAUGAUGCACAGUCUUGCUCAUCGAGAUCAUCCCGCACGGACAAUCUCACUUUCCUUUACGACUGAUUACGGAAGAAUACGAGUAUAUGUAUAUCGUUCUUUGUUCGAUGGAGAACGCCUAGAUACAUACAUACAUAAUUUAACGAACAAUGUGAAAAUACAUCCAUUCAGACGCGUUGCGUCUUAACAAUUUCCGUAGUCGGAGAUUUUAGUUAAAGGCUUGGAAUUCGUACGGCUAAGGAAUAGAAACAAAAGAUUUUUUUAAACGAAAGCUUCGUGAUUUUUCCGUUUCAAAGUUUCUGGUAUUUAGUUCUACCGAAAUAUUAUCGUUUUAUUAAUGUUAAAUGAGAAUUUUGCAUAAAUUGUCCACUUAGUUGUGAGAAAUCCACGAAAGAUUCAAUUGUCAAGCAGUAGUGAGAAGCUAUUAAAAAUGUAAAGAGAGUAUUUGUUAUCGUAUAAAUCUACAGAGAACAAUAAAUGUAGAAAAAGAGAUAAGCGAUUAGGAUUUCAUUCUACACGGUCCCAUCUACCUACAAUACAAUAUCGUACGUAUUCUUUACUUAAAACAUUUCAUUAGCUAUAUACUGAUGAUUUAAGUAAAAAUGGUAAGAGACGAAAGUUUGUUAGACAGAGGGAAUAAUUGGUGGCCAACCAAGUGUAAAGGUCGUCAACUAUUGCAUGUGUUGUUCGUUUUGAACCGAACCUCGGAACGAAAUGAUCGAUAACGGAGGUAUGCUUACAAGUCGUAAGUAGUACCACUAUUACUCAAAGCGACUUACUUCUCUCAACUAUUAUUUAGCAGAACCGAUCACGGUAGCUGGUUUUGCAUGUUUUGCAGGUUUUGCUGGUUCUAAACUCAUAAAGACUAUAUAUAAAUGCGGGCUAAGCAAGCAUCAUCUUUCGAUACUCGUCUUAUUUAAGAUACUUUGAUACUCUCUUUUUAUUGUUGUUUAGCAAACUUUCAAGGUGCAGCGUCAAGAAAUAUAAACGUCUAGUAUGUAAGGUCUCUGGCCGGUAUAUCUUCGAAGGUAUACCAGCAGUUAACAAGAUUUCAUUUCUAGUCUACUCAAGGCUUGUGUAUCUAUGUAUGCGUGUACAAGAACGUUACUCGUAAUUACGUAACUUUUCGAUUCUGACACAGCACGUAGUCUACAAAUUCCAUUUAAUGUGUAAAACUUUCGACUUGCGCAAAACUUUGUAAUUAGCUAUUUGUAAAAUACGAGACUCGUAUAGAUGAGCCAGUAAAAUUCAACUUCUUUCGUAGUGAUAUUUACAAUUUGUCGAUUUUUUAAAAGAAUCCCAUUAAACGGUAACUACACCUAUGAACUAUUAUAACAUGUAGUUUCAACGUGUAAUUAAUCGUCCGUUGAUUAGAGUACUUGGCAUGGCAGUGAAUGCCUUUACUUAAUUCGUUACCUUUAUCCCUGCUGAAAAGAACAGACGUGCCAGAGUUGACGAAUACAAUUAAUUAAAUUUUUUACCAGAGAAAUUCCGAGUUCGGA